AUGACGACCAACUAUCAGCCUGGAAAGAAAAUCCUCUUCGACGACUCAGUCAUGAAAGAUAUAACCCAAUUAAUCAAAUACCACUGCAGAGACGUAUUACACCAUGCAGGCCUCUCCCCACCGCAAAAAGGCUCUUUCAACAUGGUUAUCCGACUACGCCUCACCAGCACCUCAGCGAUAAUCCGCUUCCCAAUACCGGGGUACUCCGUCUUCCCAGACGAAAAAGUCACCCGCGAAGUAUCUGUGAUGCGAUUUCUUGAGCGACACAUGGGCAUCCGAAUACCGCACGUCCUGCACCACGGCUGUAUCGAAAAUCCCGCUCUAGGCCCAUACAUUAUCAUGGAGUAUAUUGACCAUAACGCUGAUUUGGUGGAUGAGCUGAAUACACCCGGACUACCGGAUGAAGAUAGGCCUGUUCUCGACCCAAACGUCAAUGAAGAUAGGCUGCGCUCCGUGUAUAAUCAGAUGGCAGGAUUGUUGCUACAGGUUUCGAAACGCUCGUUUACGCGUAUUGGAUGUAUAUCUAAUGCUGCGGAAGACGAGUUUGAUGAUGAGUGGGUUGUGAAACAUCGACCGUUGAGUAUCAAUAUGAAUGAGCUUGUGCAGGUUGGUGGUGUGACGAAUGAGGAUCUACCGGCGAUGAUGGAAACGUUCGAGACGACGGAGGGGUAUUUCCUUGCUCUUGCAGAGUUGCAUAUGACGCAUCUUUCGUCGCAGAGGAACGAUGCUGUUGACGAUGCGCAGGACUGCAGGACGAAGUAUAUUGCGCGGUGGACGCUCUGUUGGGUUGGGCAGGAGGGGGUGUUCAAGCUAUUCUGUGAUGAUCUACGGCCAGCGAAUAUGCUUGCUAACUCAGAUUUUGGGUAUAAGAUAUCUGGGGCUAUUGAUUGGGAGUUUACUUAUGCUGCACCGUUGAAGUUCGUGUAUAGUCCGCCGUGUUGGCUGCUGCUUGAACGGCCGGAGUACUGGGCGAACGGGAUAAAUGGUUGGGAGCGGCUGUAUGAGGCCCGAUUGGAGGUGUUCUUGCAGGAGCUGCGCAUGCGAGAGGACGUUGACAUUCAACGUGGCGUUAUUGGUGAGGAAAAUCGGCUUUCUGGGCAUAUGCGCGAGAGUUGGGAUAAUGGGGGUUUUUGGGCUUUUGAUAUUGUCUACUGGGAGAGGAUUGAUCGGAAGUUCUUUGGGGAGGGAAGUUUAGAAGACCGGAUUGGAUUGUUGACUGUUGAGGAGAGGGAUGGGAUGGAGGCGUUUGUACAGAGAAAAUUGGCUGAAAAGGGGGCUUAUCAGGGAAGCUCAAAUCCACGCCAGGAGUAUAUAAACGGUUGA